GGGCGUGUUGUCAUGGCUGUGUACUGCAAAACCUUCUAAUAUAGUAAAUACUUAUUUGUCCAAAAAUAAGACAUGUCAGCGUUGGCGGUGGACAGCAACAUGGAAUUAUAUAUCACCUCAAAGUAAAUAUUCUUGACAAAGGCCUGUCACCCCAGAUCUGUUCCCGGAAACACCCCUGGUGCCGUCCCUACCCACAAUAUCGUCGGCACGAGCCAGCUCCGUUCCUCACAAGCCCCGGAGGCGCAGCAGCAGCGGGAGCGAAAGCGCUGCCAGGCCCCGGCCGUUGCGCUCAGCCCCCAAGCCAGGCCCCAGCAGAGGCAGCAUGGAGGUGGGCAUGCGCGUGGUGCGUGGCCUGGACUGGAAAUGGGGUAACCAGGAUGAUGGCGAGGGCCAUGUGGGCACUGUGGUGGAGAUUGGACGGCAGGGCAGCACCACCACGCCAGACAAGACGGUGGUGGUACAGUGGGACAGUGGCACACGAACCAACUACCGAACUGGCUACCAGGGUUCCUACGACCUGCUGCUUUAUGAUAACGCUCAAAUCGGCGUGCGUCACUCCAACAUCAUCUGUGACAGCUGCAAGAAGCACGGCAUCAUGGGAAUGCGAUGGAAGUGCAAGGUGUGCUUCGACUAUGACCUGUGCACCCAGUGUUACAUGAACAACAAGCACGACCUGAGCCACGCUUUCGAGCGAUAUGAGACGGCGCACUCUCAGCCAGUGAGCUUGGCACCAAGGCAGAACCUCCCACGGAUCAUCCUCAAAGGAAUCUUCCAGGGUGUUAAAGUAGUUCGUGGACCUGACUGGGACUGGGGCAACCAAGACGGCGGGGAAGGUAAGGUUGGUAAAGUAGUGGACAUUCGAGGCUGGGACACAGAGUCUGGUCGCAGCGUGGCCAGUGUCACCUGGUCUAAUGGCACCACCAAUGUCUACCGAAUGGGUCACAAGGGCAAAGUAGACCUCAAAUACGUGUCCGACGGCCAAGGAGGCUUCUAUUACAAAGACCACCUACCAAGGCUUGGAGAGCAUGCAGAGCUGCAGCGCCAGGACAGCGCCGAUGGUCACUCCUUCCAGCAGGGCGACAAGGUCAAAUGUCUCUUGGAGGUGGACAUCCUGCGACAGAUGCAGGAGGGCCAUGGAGGCUGGAACCCAAAAAUGGCUGAGUACAUUUGCCGGAUCGGGACGGUUCAUAGAAUCACUGACCGAGGAGAUGUCAGAGUCCAGUACAGCAACAACAUCCGCUGGACUUUCCAUCCUGGGGCCCUCACCAAGGUGAACACAUUUGGAGUCGGUGAACUAGUGAGAGUAUUGGAGGACAUCGAGAAUGUGAAGAGACUGCAGGCUGGCCAUGGAGAGUGGACGGACAGCAUGGCUCCUGUGCUUGGCCAGGCUGGGAAGGUGUUGAAAGUAUAUGCGGACGGUGACCUACGGGUGGCGUUUGGAGGCCAGACAUGGACGUUCAACCCAGCGUGCCUCUCUGCUCAGACCGUGGAGGUGGACGCCAACCUCAUGACGGCCGAGAACCCCAGCGAAUCUGGAAGUACUGUCAUCUCAGUGUUGGAGAAGCUGCUGUCUCAGUCCACAGAACAGGACAACCCCAGCCGGCUGGUCAUUGAGGCAGCACACGGCAGUGCCAACAAAGUGCGGGAGUUGGUGCAGAAGUAUCCUGACAAGGUGGAUAUAAAGAACCAGGGCAAGACUGCACUACAGGUUGCUGCUCACCAAGGCCACAUGGAGGUGGUGAAGGCCCUGCUGCAGGCCAACAGCUCCAUCGAAGUCAAGGAUGAAGAUGGAGACACAGCGUUGCACUACACUGCCUUCGGUAAUCAGGCAGAGAUCACACGGCUGCUGUUGAGCAAGGGGGCAAAUGUCAACCUCCUGAACAACUCCAUGUGCACGGCGCUCCACAUCGCCGUCAACAAGGGCUUCACUGAUGUAGUUCGAGUGCUGACCGAACACUCGGCUGAUGUCAACCUCCAGGAUUCAUAUGGGGACACACCGCUCCAUGACGCCAUUGCUAAAGAUUUCCGGAAUAUCAUUGAGAUCCUGGUCCUGGUGCCCAACAUCGACUUCACACAGCAGAACCACAGAGGCUUUAACCUGCUGCACCAUGCUGCCCUCAAGGGAAACAAACUGGCCACAGAGAAGAUCCUGGCCAGAGCGCGGCAGCUGGUGGACGUUAAGAAGGAGGACGGCUUCUCCGCGUUGCAUCUGGCCUCCCUCAACAACCACCGGGACGUCGCCGAGAUCCUCGUCAAGGAGGGACGCUGUGACAUCAACAUCCGCAACAACCGGAACCAGACGCCGCUGCAGCUGGCGGUGACGCAGGGCCACACCGACCUGGUGCAGCUGCUGGUGUCCGAGGGCGCCGACGUCAACAUGGAGGACGAGGACGGCGACACGGCCAUGCACGUAGCCCUCCUCCGCCCGCAGCUGGCCAACGUCAUGCUCAGCCCCGCCGUGGGAACCAGCAGCACAGAAGAAAGCAGCGAGGGUUGCUCCUCCACGUCGCUCUACUGCAGGCUGAGCGCCUCAGGUCUUCUGGGGAAUACCGAGCUGAGUGUCGGCGCAGCCAUCGCUUGUUUUCUAGCGCAGGAAGGCGCUGACAUCAACUACGCCAACCACAAAGGAAAGAGUCCGCUGGACCUGGUGGCAGACAGCACGAUGCUGCAGCUCAUCAAGGGCUUCUCUGAGAAACACAGGUUGCAGCGUCUGCAGGCCAUCACCUGUGGACAGGGUCUGAGCAGCGCCAGCCUGCGGCGGGUCCACACGACACCCAACACCAUGACCAACCUGGUUCUUCCCACGCCGCCGGGGCCCAGCGAAUGCCUCAUCUGCUCUGAGCUGGCUCUGCUGGUUCUCUUCUGUCCCUGCCAGCACAGCGUGGCCUGUGAAGAGUGUGCCCAUAGAAUGAAGAAAUGCAUCAAAUGCCAAGUCACAAUCACCAAGAAAAUUAGACAAGACCAAACGGAGGUGGACUGCAGCCCCGGCACCGAGAACUCAGAGCAGCACAACCUGCUGGAGCAGCUGCAGUCUCGAUACCGCCAGAUGGAGGAGCGGAUCACCUGCCCCAUCUGCAUCGACAACCACAUCAAGCUGGUCUUCCAGUGCGGACACGCCUCCUGCAUCGACUGCAGCGCCGCGCUCAAGACCUGCCCCAUCUGCCGGCAGACCAUCCGCGAGCGCAUCCAGUUAUUCGUCUGAGCUUCUCUGUCCUCUCAGCUCUUUAACCACCCAAAGAGGAUGGGGGCCUGGAGAGAAGAGGGGAUGGGAGGGGGGGCAGCUGUUUGAAGACCCAGUGACCUACAUCUGCCUGUCGCACCCUCCUGCUCAUCCCUCUCCCUCCUGACUGAAUACAGUCCAUAGGUUGCUUUAUAAAAAAGACGCUGUGUUACGUCGCUCUGUUUGUUACAUUUCGAGUAGUUUCCCUCUCGAGCAGCGCAGACAGGAACAUGCUUUAUUUUUGCAGUCAGAACUGAUGUUCCACAGAGCCCGACAGGAAGCAGACGAGGCGAAAUUGUGAGGCGAAGCUGCCACUUUGAGUACUCUGAUUGGUCAGCCGGAGAAAAAAAAAGCCCCCCCCCCAACCCUUAUUUCCCUCACUCCUCACCCAGCUUCCAGCUCCUGUAAUCUGUCCUAUCUUUGCUGCUUUAAGUGGAUGUCUGUUACCCAUCAUCCUCUCUGGCUGUCCGGCCUCCUCUGUUUACAAGGCUGCGCAGAAUCAGUCCCCCUUCUCGUCUUCUCGCCCCCCUCAGCCUGUCCUGUGAAUUAUGUUUGCUCUCAUUUGUACCAGUCUCUUAAUAAUCAGUGUUAGUCUCUGCAGAGGGAGUUGGUAUAACUAAAGGCUCUCUAUAUAGUCCCCAACCACUCGCCUGUAUGCAAGGGGAAAUACACACUAUAUAUGCAUGAAUAUAUGCAUAUUGUAAAGCUGAAAAAUGACUGUGUUGUCAUGGGUGAUUUGUCGUCGUUGUUGUUUUAUUUCUCGCUGGUUACAUUUGUGGUUUUUAAUGUACCGAUCAUUACAGGUUUUUAUUUAUGUGUGAAAGGUGGUAUUACUUAGUAAUGUCCUUUUUUUCAGUUGGUGUUUGCUUGGCAAAAAAAAAGUUUUUGUUUCUACUGAACUUCACCCCAAGCCUAUGUCCUCUACUCAGGGUAUCAAAUCAUUGAAAGCACUUGUGAUAUCCACGACAGGUUAAAGAGCUCCUCCUCCUCCUCCACACACACACACACACACACACACACACACACACACACACACACCAUUACAGAGCUACAGUGUAUCUGAUCGUCGUUCAGGGUCACUGAAAGAAAAAAAAGGUCAUUAAUUAAUUAAUGACUCAAAAUUCACUUUCAAAAUGUCAUUGUCAUUGAAUGUUUGCAGAAGAGUUGCUGCAACAAAACUGGCAUUUAUCUCCAAAAUACCGCCACAAUAAAAGCCUCAGUCUGUCUGUAGAGACCCCAUUGAGCAGUGGAUACUCGUGUUUUGUUAUUUAUCCACCAGAUUUAUUGUAAGAUAUAGAAUCAGAAGGGCAAAAACAUUGUUGUGUUGCGCCUCUAGUUCCACAUCUACCUUCCCAAUGGAGUCAUUUGAGAAGAACCCCCCCCCCCCCCCCCCCCCCUCUCUCUUUCUCCUCUGGAGUUCUGGAUUGUACAUCAUCUUCAUCCUUUCUAAUGUUUUGGUGUGUUUUCUUGAAGGGCUUAUGCAUAUGAGAAAAAAAAUCCUAUCUAUUUUAAUCGUUAUUUAAUUUUUAUUUUCUAUAAUAAACUUCCAGAGACAGGAGGUUUUUUUCUUUGUCUUUUUUUGGUCUUCAUUAGAUCCCAAAUUUUGGGAGAGCCAAUGUUUAAAGAUGUACAUUUGAAUGUCGGGGAAGAAAAAUGUAUCCUGUCUCACUCUGCCUUUUUUAUGUGUAAAGAGAAAAAAAAAAGAUGUAAGAGAAGGAACUGGAGAUGUUUUACUUCGAGGAAAGAACUUUUACAUCUGUGCCAAAAUCGCAUGAGGAUGUGCAUGGGCAUGCACGCCCGAAUUUAUCUAGACGCACUAUGCUAAACCCCUCCCAGCUCAAGCGAGGGUUCAAUUAUUCCAGCAGUGUGAAAUAAACUAAAAGCAAAUGUUUAAUUUCAUGUUAUCUCAGCACACUCAGUUACUGGUGUUAGCAGGUUAACCUCCUAACGUUAUCGAUAGUGCUCUGAACCUCCUCAUGUUCUCAAUGAUGACUUCCAAAAUAUUAUCAGUCCCAUUUUGUUUGGAACUUUAUACAAGUAUAUAUAUUUAUAUUUUGUGAGACAUUAUCAAUCAAGGGACACGUUUCUUACAGAAAUUUCAACAUUUUAAGGAUUGUCCGUUGGUGUUCUGAGUUGAAGGGUUUACAGGCAAAGGCAAUAAUGUUUUUCGAAAAAUGGGGAAGAUGUUUGAGUUCUUUUUUCUUUUCUUUUUUUUCCCCCUUAAGGACGUCGGUGUGAGGGCGCGAUACAAUUUAUGUAUAAAAACACUAUCAAAGCAGCAAAUGUUACUCUUGGUGUUUGUACAGUUCAGCUCUUGGAGUUCUGAUGUUGGCCUUACUGUCCAUUCCUCCUCUGUUGAUGUUUUUUCAGUUGUAUUCUGUACAAAAAUAUUUUGCAAUAAAUAUGGAACUGUUUUCUAAGGA